CCUUUUGUCCAACCUUGACUUUUCAGGCUUCAGGGUUCCGCUCGAGGCCUCAAUUGUCAAACGACGUCGUCACUCUGCAAAAACUCCGCUCUUCCACCUUAAGUCGCGGCACACUCUUCCCGGUCUCCUUCCAAACACUGCCAUCUUCUCCGAAGUGAAAAUGAGAGCGCUCCCAGAAACUCGCAGACUCGCUAGGGCUUUAACCAGCCGGUCCUCGAUUCUUCUGAACUCAGUCCGAGUCGACUCUUCUCAACUCAAUUCAACUCCUCAAUGGCGAGCUUUUUAUUCCACUAUUCUCUCCUCUUCGGGGAUUAUCCGUGGAAAUCGCUUACAAGUGGGACUGAACUGCUCAAAUAAUGUAUUGCAACGUUGGCCAAUGGGGGUUUUAAUGCAAAAGCAAUUAUUUUCUUCUGAAUCGAAUGCAGUUGAUAGUGCGCCUACAGAGUCUGUGAGGGAAUUACAUGAUAAAAUUCUGAAAUCUAUAUCAGAACAGAAAUCUGCGCCUCCUAAUGCGUGGUUGUGGUCACUCGUUCAACAGAGUGCUACCCGUGAAGAUAUUAAGCUUCUGUUCGAUGUUCUGCAGAGGCUUCGAAUAUUUAGACUGUCAAAUCUUCGGAUACAUGAUAACUUUAAUUGUGCCCUAUGCCAAGAAGUUACAAAAGCAUGUGUACGUGUUGGGGCUGUUGAUUAUGGUAAGAAGGCAUUAUGGAAGCAUAAUCUAUAUGGAUUAACUCCUAGUGUGGGAUCAGCUCAUCAAUUACUGUUGUAUGCUAAGCAGCACAAAGAUUCUAAACUCAUGGCAGAUAUAAUGGAACUUCUGAAGAAGAAUAAUCUACCACUACAAGCUGGCACUGCUGAUAUAGUCUUCAGAAUAUGUUAUGAGACGCAGAAAUGGGGUUUACUGUCUAAAUAUGCAAAAAGGUUUAUCAAGGCUGGAGGAGUGAACCUGCGACAGGCUACCAUUGACAUGUGGAUGGAAUUUGCAGCUAAAAGAGGAGAUGUUGAUUCUCUAUGGAAAGUUGAGAAACUGAGAUCAGAAUCAAAGAAGCAGCAUACUCUUGCAAGCGGGUUUUCUUGUGCUAAGGGUUUUCUGCUUGAGAGCAAGCCUGAGAGUGCUGCUGCUGUCAUUGAAGAACUCAAUCAGAGUUUAUCUGAUGGAAAAAGGCAAGGCAUGCUAAGUCAACUUCAAAAGUUAGUUAGUGAGUGGCCUUUGGAGGUUAUGGAGCACCAAAAGAAGGAACACAAAAAGGAUGUCGCUGCUGCACUACAGAAAAGUAUUCCUGCCAUGAUUGUCAGUUUAUCAAGCAUCGGUGCAGAAGUAAAUGUAAAUCUUGAUGACUUGACCACAAAAGCAGGCAUUUUGAGUUGAAUAUUGAGGUCAAUGGUGUUCAAAUUGCAUGUGAAGUUGCCUGUUGCUCAAGAAGUGCUUGGUUUUCAUCAUGAACAGCAGUUGUAUUACUUCAUGCUUCCAAAGAAUCACAUCUGCGUACCUGGCCGUUGAACAGAUGUUACACGAGUAGGUGCUCAAUGGUGAAGCGUACUACUGAUCUUUGACUGCUUUUAGCAGACUUCCAAACUGCGUGCAAUUUUGCUUUCUCCAUACGCAACUGGUUUGAUAGUUAUGCAUGAAGUUAAUGUAACUGUUCAUCUUCUUGCUUUGGCGCCCUCCAGCCGGGCGGGGAAAUGUUAAGCAAGUGUAGUUUGCUCAGUUGAGAAACAUGCAGAAACUUGAAUACCCUGAUAGUUGAUUAGAGAAAGGAAGAGGAUUUGCCGUUUGCUCUACUGUUAACAACUGGUACUUGAGAUAGGAUAAAGGAGAGCUUCUUCAUUUCUUCUUUUAUGUUGGAUGACUACGGCUCUAAAUUUCGCAUGAAUGCCCACAGCUGGAAGUUGGGGCCGAGGGAAAAGAUGAAAUGGUUUUCAGAUCUGGAUUUGA